AUGGAAAUACCAAAUUUGCAUCUUCUUAGCAUGGAAGUAAUUCCUGUUAUGACCACGAAAUCACCAAGGGAAAGCCCCACGAAAAUCAAUGUCAUCACUCUGAGUAUCCCACUAUCUGACGCACGACUGAUAAAUCUGUUGUUAUUAAUUCUGGGAACCAGUCUGAAUUUUUUAAUUAUACUAGCGAUCGUUUCUAAAUCGUCCACGAGAACAUCUCCGAAUUUUUACAUCAUAAGCUUCGCAUGUUCAAACAUGGUGAUAUUAAUCGAACCACUGGAAGAGGUACUUAAAUGGUUCUUCGACAUAAACAUGAAAUUAAACAUGGAUUACGUGCUGAUGAUUAGCUUUGAUGUUUCUAUUAUCACAUUUUCGGUUUUGGUAUUCAUGUUGUAUAUUAGUAUCUUUCACGAGCGUGUCUCUUUUGGACACGUGGUACUAAAGAAAAAAAAUGCUAUUAAAGGUAUUCUGUUGAUUUGGAGUUCAUGCAUUAUUUCACUUGCUAUUGGGCUCCAUAUAUAUGACUAUUUUGAAGAGGAUAUGGCGGAUAUUUACGUGUGUUUCACGUUCAUGUUUAUCACUAUGCCGUUGAUCGUAUCAAUUGCUUUAGGCUCUCUGAUUCUUUACGAAUUGUAUAUAUUGAGAAAAAUCGAGGGAUUGUGGAGAAUGAAGAAGCUAAAGCACUAUAUUAUGUUGGUGGUUAUCGGAGUCGCUUUCCUGUUGAUACGAAUGCCAUAUCGACUGGCUAGAGCGAUCAAUUUCUUACUGCCCAAGGCAUCGUGCUGCACGGACGACAAGAGAGAGGGACUCUAUUUCAUGGCCAAGACGUACCCCACUAUUUUCUCGCUCAUCUACAUUGUAUUAUCGAAUGAAUUUCACGAAAUCUUUGAGCAGGCGAUACCAAAGUGUCGAUGCCACAAAUCGUUCAGAGAAACCAUUCAUGAAGUUGUUGCUUGA